AAAGUUCAUAUUGACCCAAAGAAAUUUAAGGUUAUUAUUUUCUGGUAAGCAAAACCAAGAAUCUUAAAGUUUAAACAAGUGCAAUUUGUGCAAAGCUUGAGAAGCGAAAGCAGGCGAAAGAUAAAAUUAGACUAUAGCUUUCUGCUUCAGUUCGUCUGCAGUUUGUGAAGCAUUCUCUACACCUUCUUUGGCCAUUUCUUUUGCGCUUUGGGCAGUCUGGGAUGCUUUCUCUUUGCCCUUCUCUGCCAUCUCCUUAGUCUCAUUCGCAUACUCUUUAGCUUUCUGUUUCGCUUACUCUUUGGGGCUUUGGGCGGUCUCGGCCGCUCGGUUUGUUACUUCUUUUGCUUUCUCAGCCGCCGAUUCGCCGGUUUGUUUUGUUUUCUCCUUGGUUUUGUGUCCGUAUUCUUCUGCUUUCUCAUUUGCUUCCUGUGCUUCUUCUUUUGCUCUUUCUAUGGCUUCCUCGGAGGCAUCUUACACUACGGAGGUCAUAUCAGCUUCUUAAUCGGAUGAUCAUGAGGUAUCUUUUUCACUAUAGGCCAUUUCAAGUCUCGAGUCUCUUUCUUCGUACGCAUUUCUGCCCUGAAAAUUUCAAAACACCAACUCUUCGAUAAUUAUCACAAACGGCUCCAAUAAAUGGAAAAAGUAUUAAGCCAUGAAAUCAUCAUUAAAAACUCCAUAAAAGGCAUUCAAAGCCAAGAACAAAGCAAAGACUCUACUAGGUUAGCAGACUCGUGAGACUUCGAGGGAGGAUCUAAGAGAAACAGUUUGAGCUGGGAAAGCUUUAAAGAGGGGGAACAUCACGCUCUUGGCUAUGAACGUGGCUGCCAUUUUUGAGGAUCUUUAGUUUUUCCCUGCGAACGGUGUCUUCUUGAGUAUAGUUUCUUACUUUCUUAAUUCUUGCAUCCCCAAUCAUCUUAGCCAUGAAAACUAUACGGAGGCAGAGAAGGAGAAGGUGGCAACCUAAUUGAUUGACAGGUUGUAGCAUUGAUACCUUGUUUUGGACAAGUGUAAUGUUUGAGGGUCUUUGGUCUUUUCAUUCCUUUCCCCUCAUAAAUUAUUAAGUUGCAAAAUACAAAAUUUAAAAAAAAAAUGGAAAAAGGAAAACUCUCCAGUCCCCAGGGUCAGGUUCCCCUGAAAAACCUUGACCCAGUCCUGAAAAGUUGGGUCUAGGAAGGGAUCGAGCUUUGAUGGAUCCAUUCCAACUCUGUCUGCUUGCAAUAAGUUAAUAACCCAUUACAUUUCUCUAACCAUGUUCGUUUCCUUUUCCAAGGACAAGGGAGAUCUACUUUUUGUCAAUGCACCAUGGCAUUAGGCCUCAGUCUCAACCCAGAACUCCACUCUAUAUCAAAGCUUGAACGGACCCACAUUGUUCACAACGUAGUCAAGCCAGCCUAGAAUUGUAACGGUUCAAUGGCAUUCAACACAAGACAGCAACAAGGGAUGAUAUGUUUCAAAUAGUCAAAUGCAGUCUCGAAUAUCACAGCUAUUCAGACAAUGCUACUAAGAAUACGGUUGGAGAAAGCACUUUCAGGUAUGUGGGUAUACAUCUUUUUAUCUUUUUUACUUUAUGUGGUAACAACAUACAUACAGGUUCCAAGACUUUUUUUUUCCUUUCGUUUUAAAGGGAAUACCCCUUCUAGAGACCAACGUUAACUUCAUUUGAAUCAAUUGUUAUAAAUGUUAUUCUCAUUUUAAGUUAUUUAUUGUAUAUUUUUUUGAUUUGGAGGAAGAGGAUCACUAGAAUCAUGCACUAAUCAUUGACCCAAAUACUCAAAUGCAAUGAAAAAGAUUGAAUAAUCAUGACGUACAGACAUGGACAAUUGUUUUUAAAGUUUUCCUUAAUUGAUUUAGUUGGAAUUAAAAGAAGCAUUAAGUGGUUUUGCUUAAAUCUUUUGUGACCAGCUGAUGAUCAUUAAAGAUGGCACUAGUUCGGACAGGAGCUCUCAUCUUUUAUGCUGAGAUAAGUGGGUCCAGUUCUUUGCUGAAGAAAUUGAUGUGAGAGUGUAAACCAUGGCCAAGUUCUGUAAUUUUUGGUAUCAAAUUGAAGAAUCAGACUACAUCCAUUAUAUAUCAGCAUAGGUGGUACUUUUACCAUGAUAGAUACCCUACUUUGUUCCAAAGAUUGCACAAAUCUUAUGCUAGAACAGUUAUAACAGCUUCAACACGAAAGCAUUAAGUAGAGUCUAUUCAAGGAUGGAAUUUUACAUUCCAAUUUUCAAAUAACACCACUCAUCUUGAUGCCAAGCCUCUAGAAAUUAUGGUUUAGAAGCCGGUUUCCGGGUCCUGCAACAGUCAACCAUAUGGUUUUUCAGUAUCGAAAGGUGCCUUAUGUGGCUUUCUGAAUAGUUGGUCUGAAGAUAAACUAUUGAAACAGAAAUCUGAUUGUUUUAGAGGUUAAUGAGAUACCGGCCUUAGACCUCCCUGCACCUUUUGAACAUAAAUUCAAUCUUGUUUAUUAAUGCCUUCUUGCACUUUAGCCUCUUUUCUAAGGUAAAAUUUCUCAAUAUCUUCCUCCUUUCCUCUACGCUUCUAAGGACUGUUGAAUCAAUAACCAUUUCAUACUUAUCCUUUUGUCAUCUUUAUUUGUAAUGCUACCUUGCAGUUUUAGUUUAUUGUAGCAAAAGCGAAAGUCCUUGAAUCUCUCUCUCCCUUGCAUAGGCAUCCGCACAAGAUGAUAUUUCCAAACACCGGUGCCUGCAAUAUGAAUUGGCUUUGUUUGGCUUCAAUGCUAGGACAUGCUUAUCAAUCUAUAUUUUUGAGCAAUUAUUUUGUAAAUUUAUUGCAAAAAUGUACAAAUAAGGAAGUGGACAUGAAUGAUAAAGUGAUUCCAUCUUACCUAAUAUUGUCUUUGUGGAGUGAAAUUAAUGGCACUCAUUCAACAUGUUUGGCAUUACGUUCUAGAUGUUGACAGCUAUCGGUAUCUUAAGCACAUGUUGCUAACUAGGCUUCAUUACUUGCAUGAAGCUCCUUCUCCUGAUCUAUAUAGUUCAAGGUUGUGCCUGUAUCACCUAAAAGCCCAUUGAUCUCCAUUCUCACCCAAAAAACUCAUUAUCUGUUACCAUUACCAAAUUUGUUUCUCUUGUUAAUCCACAAAGCACUUGAAGUUUAUAUGUUGUAGAACCAUUAAUUUCAUAUAAGUGGUGGAUAGAGGUCUUUUCCGCUGACAUGAGGACUUUUCUUUAUCAUUCCUAUGAAAACAGAGAAUUGAGACUUGCUUUAUCGAACUUGAUAGCAGGUUUUGAUCAUUCGAGCUGAUGAUAAACAAGCUGGAUACGGUGUCUGAAAUGCCGCGCAACGGAGCAGAUAAUGGACAUUUGUGAAGCAGAUAUUCCUUCUUCGAUUUCAGCCACACUACCUCAUGACUCACUUUGUUCCAAACCUUUCCACGAUCUUAAUUUUACUCACAAUAGAGGCAUCAUCUAAAUCCAAUUUCGAAAAAACAAAAGCUAGAGAACACAGCUUAUCUCCCUAUGAUUUUAAGAUCACCAACCUCAAAUCCUCCGAAAGUACACUUUUAACCUGAAAUUUAUUUAUAGACUAAUAUAUUAUUAUAUAUUUAAGAAAUAUAGACUAGGUACCUUAGUAGUAUGCUUUGCUACUUUUGAAGGUGGCUUUUAAUCUUAUGCAAGAUUGUGGGACAACUUGCUACAUAAGAGGAAGCCAUCUACUCUGGAAUAGCAAUGCUGUCAUAUCACGCACCUUUUCUCCUAUAAUGUUUCAAUCUAAAAUCCCAACCCACCAACCAAAUAGUUCAAUGCAGAAGUUCCUUUUGUAGAGAGAGAGAAUAUAGAAUUAAUAAGAGGCCAUGAGUAUACGAGUUAGCCAACGAUGCAUGGUCUUUUGUACAGGAUGAGUCCAUGACUACUGCCACUGCUACAUUUAAACCAAAGAUGGCGCCAACUCUCUCUCAAGCUCUCUCAGUGGUCAGAUGGGUAUCCCAAAACCUCCUUUCGGCGGCCACCUGUCACUCUCCCCAACCCAUUGGCAACCUCCCUCCCAUUUCUUCACUCUUUUUACUCUCUCUAUUUGCAAUUACGUGGCCUUUUCUCUCUCUCCACACUGACCCCGCUGCACCACUUGACGCGUUUCUCAUACUUUUUUCACACCUGGAGUCACCCUACUGGCAGCAUCUUACAUUCCCACGUCCUUCUUGAACCAGAAUUUGUUCUCACUGCAAACACAAAACAAAAACACACACAAAGUGCGCUCUCAUCAACCUUCUCUGAUCACCAGCAUUACAAUCCCCUAGGCUCGGCAUAACAUUUCACCUUUGUCCUGAUGGAGAACUCUUACAUGCCUUUUUCCCCCACCACCACCACAACAGCCAAUACCACCCUGAGGCUACCAAAUAAGGGUUGGUCUCAGAAUUCAGGGUUCUGCAUCUAUGAACCAAUGAACUCGAAAAACUUCAGUUCAACACCCUCAUCAACACCAUCAAACUCUCAGUUUCAUCAUCCAUCACAGUUAGUGGCACCUUACCAAAGCCUGCAACUCCCACAUAGACAACCUACAGAGCAGGCUGGUCAUUCUUUAGCAUAUCUUGUGUAUCCGUUCUUUCUGGGGCAGAAUGGGAUUGAAUUUGGGGAAUCCAGUUCAAUUCAGGCUAGUAAUGGGGUGCAAGGAUCAUGUUUCAUACAAACAGAUGGGCUAUCAGAGGAACAAGAGAGAAGGAUUCUGGAUCCUUAUAUAACAAAGGUUGCAAGAAUUAGGAGGAAGCAGGCACGGCAGAGAAGCCUUGGUUUGCAAAGAAGUGCUUCUUCAGGGGCUUCAAUUCAGGUGGAAGAAAGGAGACUGACCAGCUCUGGUGCUGACACUGAUGUGAAUAACAAUAAUGAUACCAAAAGGGAUCUGUACAUGUUUUGCACGCCAGAUAACAAGAGACUGAGAAUGUUGCUGAAGAAAGAGUUAAAGAACAGUGAUGUUGGGUCCCUUGGGAGAAUUGUCCUUCCAAAGAAAGAGGCAGAGGUAAAUCUUCCAACCCUCUCUGAUAAAGAAGGUAUCCUAGUAAUGAUCAAAGAUGUAUACUCUAACCAAAUGUGGACCCUCAAGUACAAGUUCUGGUCCAAUAAUAAGAGUAGAAUGUAUGUGCUCGAAAACACUGGGGAUUUUGUAAAGCAAAAUGGACUGGAAAUUGGAGAUUCCCUUACCCUUUAUGAAGAUGAAAGCAAGAAUCUCUAUUUCUUCAUAUUAAAGGUGGAAAGGUUUGCUGCUGAGGCUUCAAACAAUCAACACUGUGAUAAUGUAAACAACAACAACCAUAUGUACUUGCCAUUUACGUGCCAAUCUAGAGACGAGGAAGAAACAUCUAUAGAAUUACUUAUAGAACAACUCAAACACAAGGAACAACAAGAACCUAACGACUUUAUGACUUUGCCUAUGGAUGCUGCUUAUUCGGGUAGACUGCCAAAGGAAGCCAGACAUUUUCUAUCGGACACCUUUUCUAGCAGAGAAACCUACAGCCAAAUAACUGCAACUACACUACAAACCUCGUCAACAUCAAUACGAGGUAAGGCGAGAAGUGUAGAUGAUAUUCAGAUCAACUUCGACGACGGCUAUGGUGGUCUUGAUAUGCUACCUGAUGUCAGUCUUUACAAUUUUUCACUUUGAGCAUGUCAGUAGCAAGCUUCAUGGGCACGAAAGAACUUGUAAUCAAGUAAUAAUUUGUUCAUGCUUUUCUUUUACAGAUACAUCAUUUUUUCUGGGGUCCGGAAAGGUAUAGGAAUUUUUUUUUUUUUAAACUAGGCAUUUAGGUGUGCAGGAGUAUGCCUGGUUGAGUGCUUAAUUUGUUUCUUCAAUGUAAAUAACUCCCAAUUGGGAUAAAAAGAAAAAGAGAAAAUUAUACUUAAUACUUCUCUCUCAUUUACUCUGUUGGGACUUGUGGCCACAAUUGAUGUUUUAUGAACAUGAGUGUUGUUUCAUGUUUGAUGAUGAUACUAUCA